UUAAUUAAUGCCGUUGAAGUAGGACAAGGUAGCACACGAUUAUAUCAGUCACGUGGUAGCAUAUCGGACUCUCUUUUGUCAAAUGCAAUCGAAGAAAUCAAUGGGAUUUUCAGUGUUCAGUCAAGUGUUUAUCAACAACUAAGACUUGAUACGUAGAUAGAGAUCGUAUCUUUCAGAAGCCUUGAUCAGUAAUGUCCUACUUUAUCUUCAAGCACAUGGACUAUCAUCGGAAUUCCCGAAGUGACGCACGAGAUCGCGAAUUUAAUAAUAGCGUAUAAAAUGCAGAUCAAUAUAAGAUUUUACCAUUCUGACAAGUGCACCAGCCAAUUCUCCACGAUGCUGCGAACAGCUGCACUUCUGACAAUUUUGGUUGCAGGGGCAAUUGAAGGACGAACGGUCCGAAGAAUCCCAAUCUUCAGAGAUAAUCGCAUUAUCAAUGGAGUUGAUGCUGAGGCAGGAGAAUAUCCCAGUCAGCUGUCUCUGCAACGCCCAACCAGUCAUAGCUGUGGAGCUUCGGUACUGAACGAAAAUUGGGCACUUACAGCAGCCCACUGUGUUGAUGGUGCAUCCACAUCUAGCAUCACUUUCUGGGCUGGAACAAUUUAUCUGGACAAUGGAGGAACCCGACAUCGAGUUGAGAAAAUCGUCGUUCACGAGGGCUAUGAUGAAGGCGAUUCUUGGAAGAAUGAUAUUGCUGUUGUUGCGGUGUUAGAUCCUUUCAAGAUCGAUGGGGUGAAUGUGACGCCCAUUGCCCUGCCAGCCCGGGGACAGAAUCCAGAAGAUGGAGCUGCUGUCACGGUUAUAGGAUGGGGCAGACUGCAACAAAAUGGCCCUAUUCCUAACACGCUGCAAAAGGUAGACCUUGCCGUUGUGAACCAGCAAAAAUGUAACGACGUGUACACCGAAUUUGGCUACCCUAUUUACGACGGUCAUAUUUGUGCCGAUGUGCCAGAGGGCAACCAAGGCUCAUGCAAUGGUGACUCCGGCGGACCAUUGUUUGUGAACGGAACCGUGGUCGGUCUUGUUUCCUGGGCAUACGGUUGCGCCGUAAAAGGCUACCCCACAGUGUACACCCGGGUCCCAGCCUACAGAGACUGGAUCAGGAAUCAAACUGGCGUGUAAUCAGCAGACACACCCAACUCCACCGCCGAACGUUAAUUGGUUCGCUAUUAGCAUAUAAUGACAAUCACUGAAAAGAAUUUCAACGAAUAUAUCUUAAUACAAACAGAC